CAAAUUAGAUGAGGGCAGAAGGUACCAGAAAAAAAAUGACCACAGCAUCUGCCAGAGCUGGCCAGGUCAAUGCCCCUGCUCUCACGCCCUUAGGUAUCAAUGGAGCAGGACUGCUGGAUCUGCUCCCAUCCAAGACACACAGAAGCUCCAUUGUUGAAGGCCCUCCUUGACAGCAGGUAGCAGGUGAGCGUGUGCCUAGCCCUUACACCAUGGCGGUACUGGCCCUGCAGAUGGGGGGCCUGGCACUGUCAGUGCUGGGCUGGCUGGGCACCAUCCUGACGUGCACGUUGCCCAUGUGGAGGGUGACAGCCUUCAUCGGCUCCAACAUCAUCGUGGCACAGGUGUUCUGGGAGGGGCUGUGGAUGAACUGUGUAUAUGAGAGCACAGGCCAGAUGCAGUGCAAGGUCUACGACUCGCUGCUUGACCUCUCCUCGGACCUGCAGGCUGCCCGUGCCCUCGUUGUGGCCUCUAUUGUGGUGGCCUUCUUAGCCCUUCUUGUCUCCAUCUUUGGGGCCGAAUGCACCCGGUGUGUGGAUGACAAGGGAGCCAAGGCCAAGAUCUCCAUCACUGCGGGUGCUAUCUUCAUCCUGGCUGGGGUGGGGCUGCUCAUUCCCGUGUCCUGGUCAGCCAACACCAUCAUCAGCAACUUCUACAACCCUAUGGUGCCAGAGGCCCUGAAGAGGGAGCUGGGUGCCUCCAUCUAUGUGGGUUGGGCAUCAAGUGCCCUCUUGGUGUUUGGGGGGACCAUACUAUGCUGCUCCUGCCCUCCAAGUGAGGAGAAGCCCUACUCUGUGAAGUACAGAGCAGCCAAGCACUCCAGUCCAGGCAGCUACCCUCUGAAGAACUAUGUGUGAGGGCCCUGCCCUUGGUGAGGCUAAGAAUCCUCCCUGGGGAAAUAUCUUUACCCAGCCCCUUCCCAUCUUUGCAGAGUCCCAUUGCACCUGGCCAUGGAGAGGUGGGCAUCAAGCCCAAACAUGUGCAGUUUGUAGCAGCUCCCAUCCUGCCCCGCUUGAACAGCCUUCCCUGUGUGUGUCCCCUCUCCAGCUGCAUUCUACUCUGUGCUUGCCACCUCAUCCAUAACCCACCCCAUGUGUACCUCUUUCCCAGCUAGAGCUCACACUUUUAUAUUUUGCCAGGUCAGGUCCUAGGUCCUCCUGAGCCCUGUAGCCCGUUGGGUUGCUAUGGCUACAGCACAGCAGUUUCUAUAGCCAAGGGUGUACCAGGAGUGAUGUGGGUAGCACUACAUCUGGCCAACUUGGACUCCCCAGCACAAAUGGCUGGCUUUCCCCCUUAUAGCAGAGCCAACUUGGGACAGCCUUUGGCUCAAGCCCAGAAAAGGGCUUGGAACUCACAUCUCCAGGGCUGUAAUGAGACUUUGAACUACUGUUACCCUACACUCAGUCUGUGUCACAGGCAUUCUUGUUCUGUACUAAUCACUCUAGCCUCUGAACACCCUUUCUAGCCUCUGAACACCCUCUCAUCAUGCAUGUAGCACUUCUGUCACCUAGUGGUUGCUCUCCUGCCCUCUCCAUGGGGAACAUGCAUAUGGUAGAGUGCUGUGCUGUGUGGUGUUCUGGUUUGUACUGCAUACAACAAGCAUUAUGAUAUGCUUAUGUUAACAAAGGCCAGCUGGAGCACAUGCCAUCCUGGAGGGAAAGUGGACAGGUUUGCAAUUGCCCGUAGUUCCCUCCAGUGUUGGAUGAGACCCCAGAAACCUCUGCUUCCUGCAGAGACAAGCUUUAACCUUAUUGCAGCAUUCCAUGGGACCAGGGGUUUGUACCUGCCAAUUACAGUCCCCACCCCAGAGUUUUAAGUGAUCUGGGUACCCUGUGCCCUGGAGAGCCUGGAGGAUAGGGACCAAGUGUAAAGCUCCUGCCAUGCAGCCUGGGUCACUGGGUUAGCUGUGUAAAGCUCAAUCAGACCCCUACCCUUUGGAAGUGGGUCAGCCAAACUUAACAACUAAUCAAGGUCAGCUGGCCCCCAACCCCUUCCCUUUGGUUCUGGGGUUGCAUUUAAGGAACUCCUCUAGCACCUGAGCCUUGCUACAUAACUUGCUGGUUUCUGAUCCCUGAGCAGCAGCGCCUGUCCUGGAAACUUCUCAAACUUUCCCAGUUCCUGACACUACUUUUGGCUUGUUCCUGGAUUUCUGCUUUGGAUUUCCAUGCAGAUUUGUUUCCUGGCUCCUGACCCCAGUUUGGCUCUGUUCUUAGACUUUGCUCUGCAGAGUGUCCCUCAGAUUUGGUAACUAGGCCUGAUUCCCAGAUCCUGACCCUGGCUUGGGAUUUAGUUCCUGAUUCUUGUCUCUAACACCCACCCCUCCUGGCUCUACUUGCUAGGCUGGACUGUGACACCAAUGCCUUGAUCUUGAUGUGCUCCUCUCUGGAUUGGCAGUGUAGGGGACAGGGAGGGG